GCUGACUACAAGCACAUGACCCAGCGUGUUUACACCUGCAGUGACAGAGAGACACACGGCGCUAAGUGUUUCCCUGACAGGGAAGCCUAUUGUUUGAACCGAGAAAAGAAGCAGCAUUGUCGUGAGGGGUUACUGUUUAGCGGACGCUCUCUGGGACUUGGCUACCUCUGCACGUCUGUAGCCCAGGAGGGAAGCUACAUCCCCGGCCACAGGCUCCAAGAAGGCAGCCUCUUGCUCUCCACCAUGGAGGAGACAGAUGUGGAACAGGUGACCCUGGCUCUACUAGAUGCGGCCACCGAUAAAGACUCAGAGGUCCAGGAGCAGGUCAGAAAGUCUGUGUUGACCCUGGGAAAACAGCAGCCAGACAGAGUGUUAGCCAUGUGUCAGGACUACCUUCUGAAACACCCAAAGUUGGUAGUGACCCACAGAGUUGUGAUUCUUCGGACUAUUGAGCUGAUUGUGGGCUGCAGGAUCGAGGAGAUCAGUUACCCCAGGAUAAAGAGCAUCAUCUCCCUGGCCUCAGAUGAGAUGACACGAUCAAAGGAGGUCGUCCCUGAUUGGCAGCAGGCAGCCAGCAAUAUCUUGGUUGCUGUGGGUAACAAGCACAUCAAUGACAUCAUGGAGGAGAUACUAAGCAAGUUUCAGCCGGGGCUCCUACCUCACUUCUUUGUGGUCCAGACGCUAGCCAACCUUUCCGACUCUAAUGUUUAUGGCAUGGUACCUUUCCUGAAUGCUAUUCUGGGCACUAUGUUGCCCAUGCUGAGCAUGGCCAAACAGGACAACAUGAAGUGGGUCUUCUCCUCUGCUCUGUGUCAUUUCAGUGACAGUAUCUUGGAGUACCUCGCCAACCUGGACAAGGCUCCAGAUCCCACAGUCAGAAAAGACACAUUCUCCAGUGAAAUCUAUGCUUCUUUCGACAUCCUCUUCAAUAAUUGGUUGCAAAGCAGGGAGUCUAAGUUGAGGCUAACAGUAGCUGAGGCAGUGGGCUCUAUGUGCCAUCUGAUGGCCAGCGAUAAACUGGAGGAGCAGAUUCCUAAACUCAUUCCUGCCAUCCUGUCCCUGUACAAGAAAAACAAUGAGAAUUAUGUCAUUAGCAAGAGUCUCUGCCAAGUGCUUGAUGCUUCUGUCAACAUGGGCAGCAGAGUGCUGGAGACACAACUGGACGGUCUACUCUUUGCACUGCAUCAACAGGUGUCCGCCCCUGUUGAUUACAGUAACUCUCUUACUGUCAAGAACCACAACGAGGUCCUGCGCUGCUUCAGCUUACUAGCUAACUCCUUCCCAGACCGGCUGGUCAUGUUUGUUCUUCAGAAGUUAGAAAACAGUAAUGAGCGAAGCAGGAUGGGCUCCCUGGCUGUCCUUCGUCACCUCAUCAACUCCACCACUUCCACAAUGGAAAGUAAGAAGUUGCUGAUUCUGGCCAGCAUCAGACAACCGAUGGCUGACCACAGCAACAAGGUCAAGAAGCGUGUGGUCCAGGUGAUCAGUGCGAUGGCUCAUCAUGGCUACCUGGAGUUAGACGGAGGGGAGCUACUGGUUCGAUUCAUAGUUCAACACUGUGCCUUACCGGACACUUAUCAGCGAGUCGAGAGACCCACAGAUCCAGAGGAGGUCACUAACGAGGCACUGAGGAGCAUGUGUGACAGCACCCUUCAUCUCCUCACCACCACUGUUGGACGACUAGCUGAUGUGCUAUGGCCAAAGCUGCUGUACUAUCUGACCCCUCCACAGUACAGCAAUGCCACCACUCCUCUGUGUAAGAGUCUGAUAGUGCUGGGUAACAAGAAGAAACAUAAUCAGGAGCCCAGCUUCAAAAUAGACUUUACACAGGAAGUCAAUCUGCCCUCUCCUCAGACACUAAUGAUCCGACUGCUGGUGAAUGCAGCGUUCCCGUUCAGUAGCAGAGGUCAUGGAGCUCCGUCUCUCUCUCUCCUUCAAAUCCUCAGUGUCAACAUUCACCCCAAUACAGAGAUAUUCUGGGAGAAAGAGAUACCUCCUCUGCUUUCAGUACUAGAGGAGUCAACGGCAGAGACCCUGGAUAAGAAGCAAUGGGAUGAAAACUUGCUGAAGCUCUUGUCUAAAACUCUGGCUACUAUUGACGAUGACAAGUGGGUGUGUCAGUUGACAUCUGAGGCAACGAGAUACCUCUCCACGUAUAACAAUGCCUUAGAGGAGAAGAAUUUCCUGUAUCGAUGUGUUGGAGUGACUCUCCAACAGUGUUUUAAUAAGGAAGUUGUCAAAAAACAGCUGCAGGAACUCCUGCUCACAGCACGACACAAUGAUGCCAUGGAAAGAGAGGGAGUUGCAAUGGGCGUCGGUCUGUGUGCCAACAGCCACUUAGAGGGAACUCUGGCCAAGUUGGAUGAGUUCGGCAAAUCAGACGCCUUCAAGAAAUCACCAAGCAUCUUCAACCUUCUCAAAGAGCGUAAUGAUGUUGAGGUAGAGAAGGUAAAAAGCACAUUAAUCUUGUGUUAUGGUCAAGUGGCUCUGAACGCACCACCAGAAAAGAUACUGACCCGCAUUGAUCAAGACAUCCUUCGCUGCAUCAGUAAACACUUCAAUACCAAGGUUCUGGGGAUUAAAGUAGAGACAAAGGACCUGACUAUGAAGCUCAGUUUGAUCCAGAGUGUCGGGCUCAUAGCCAAAGCCAUCAGUGAGUGUGUUAAGAAACAAGGCUACAUCUUCUCUCGCAAACAGGAGCUCAUUACUGUUAUGCUGGAUUUUAUCAAGGCAGAGCCAGCUGAUUCAAUGAGGACUCCAGUACGCCAUCUUGUGAUGACCACCUGUGCCAAUCUAAUACCUCUGGACCCUGUGCUGAGUGAGAAUGAGAGCUUUGACUUGCUAAAGGUGUGUGUGAACAGUGUGUUCUCUCUGCCGCCUGAGACACACACUCCAGAGAAAACUAAAGAAGAGGAGACACUGGACCCCAGUCAGAGAAAGGCAUUGUACAAAAAAACGUUGGCUGCACUGCAGGAGCUGCUGAAAAGUGUACUGGCAAGGGAUCCUACACCCGAUGGCCUGCAGAGUGUCUUCAAGCACAUUGAGUCGUGGCUGAGCUCUGGACAGGACCACGAGAGAGAGAGAGCUGCCAUAACUACUGCUCACAUACUGGCUUUCUACCUGGAUAACCUGACUGUCAAGAACAUGGUCUCUUUCCACAACCUUGGAGCUCUGCUGGGUCGACUGUCUCCGCGGUGUUCUGACCCUCACCCUGCCGUACGCGCUGCUGCUAUGGACUGCAUCUACACACUUCUCUAUACACAGCUACGCUAUGAAGGUUUCUCACUAGAUUAUAAGGAUGAAGCUGUGGAUAGUCUUUUGUCCCUAAAAGACCAACUAGAAAACCCUGACCCCUCAGUUCUAUAUAAGACCUGCUCUGACCUCACCAAGGUGAUGAGUAAGCGUCUGCCUCAGCAGCAGCUGACGACGUUGGUGUUCAUGUUGUUUGAAGGGCUGGUCGACAGUCAGACAAACUGCUGCAGAGCUUCUUCUGUCAUCCUAAACAGUCUGCUGAAGAACCGAGGAGGCGGGCUACAAGACCUGGUCCCGGAGAUGAUGGAGGUGCUACAUGUGCGUCUGCAGAGUAUCACAGAGGAGCAGGUGAGAGUGGCAGUGGGACAGACGGUACUAAUCCUGGCCUCUCAGCAUCUACAGACUGUUAUCAAUACACUAGUUAACCAACCACUUCCUUAUGACAGCUGGACCAGUGAGAUGUGGAUGGCCUUGGGAGCAGACCCCAUCGUAGCCAGUCAGAUCAUCGAGAUGGUGAUGGAGAAGCUUGUCAUCAUGGCGCCCUACGUAGACAAGAAGGAGUCAAUGAUCAGGGGAGGGGCAACAAAGGUGGCCACCCAUCAGCCACUGGCUAUGACAUGCGGUCUCAAGGAACUGUUAUUAAAUGGCCAGAGUCAGGAGCCGGCAGUCGGUCUGUUUCCUCAGCUCUUCUCCUGUCUCACUGUCAGACUUGGAGCAAGUGUUGGGGUCUUAGCCCCGAAGGACAACAAUACUAAACACAUCACCGCUGUCCAUGUAGCAGGGGUAGCAGCUGAUGCCCUGCGAAUCCUGUUGGCACGGGCCCAGUUAGAUGAGGUGACGAAAAGACUGGAUGAAGAUAACGCCUGGGAGGCGAUCAAGGAACCGAAUACACACAUUGCUGGAGUUACACUACUGGCAAAGGCGAUGGCUAAGCAUGCUGGUCCCAGGUUGCCUGCCAUCGUGGAGUGUCUGUGUCCCUCCUUGAACAACAUCUACGAAUGCCAGAGAAUCACUGUCACUGCUUUCUUUUCUGAGCUCUUAAACCAUCACGUGGUGACGGAGUUGAUGUUGAUAGACGUGUUAAUGAACAACAUGAUGGAGAGGAUAUCAGAUCCCUGUUGCACCGUCCGCAUGUUGUCUGUGCGGGGGCUCGGCAAUCUAGCUGUGGGAUCACCUGAAAAGGUGAAUAAAUAUGCCAAGGAGCUGCUGGCUGCCAUGAGUUCAGGCAUGGAAGAGAAAGACGAUCCAGGUAAGCUGAUUACGCUUGAAGCCAUGUCGGGUCUUUCUAAAGUCCUCCUCUAUCUGGACAAGAAGAAUGUCCACUUGCUAGUGGUCUAUAUCUUCAUGAAGAUUAAACCUUUCUUGGAAAGUGAGAAUGAUGAAAUCCGCUGUGCUUCCAUACAUCUCAUGGGGAACCUUUCCAAGUUUGGCUCAGGAGAGCCAGUGUUCAAAGACCAGAUCCACAACGUUCUGGUCAGCCUGCUGUUACACCUGGUUGACCCAAACCCACAGGUGGUCAAGGCGUGCAAAUAUGCCAUGCGAGUGUGUGCUCCUGUGGUGGGAUCAGAGCAGAUCACAGCCAUGUUUCAGAACCACCUCCACGAAGACAAGAGCUUGCACUAUGGAGAGUUCAUUAAUGACCUCACCAAGUACCUGAUUCAGGACUUUCCAGGCAUGCUGAACUUUUAUCACAUCUCAGUCAUCCAGUUCUUCAAGAGCAGCUGGCCUGAGGUCAGAGCAGGAGCUGCCAUGUUUAUAGGGUUUCUGCUAGGGAAUCUUCCAGAGGAGCAUCUCUCCCACCUCAACAUGGGGACCAUCACUAAAGGUUUAGUGAUGCUCCUCCAAGAUCCAGAUCCUGUGGUGAGAGUGAAGGCUGCUGAGGCCAUGGGGCGUUUCCACUGACACAAAGACAAAUCUCAGCAUUUCAUUUAGUCACAAGUGGUAGGUCGCCACCACAUAAAAACAUGAAAAGAUGAAGAAUAUUUAAGAUUUGGCCUGCAGGUUGCAACAACAUUUAGAGCUCACCAUGUGCAGUCAUUAUAACAGCAUUCAAAUAACGCAACUACAACCUUCAUUAAAACAAACACAGGGACCAAAAACAGGAACAAAUGUGGAGCCAGAAACCAAACAAACACUGAUUAUACAAACAUACACACAGAUGCACAUAUAUUUAGCACUUAGCAGCUUAGUUUAGCUUCUUUUGACACUUGACUACUUGAAAGAUACUUGAAUGGAGGUGUUAAUUCUUAACUAUAUUUUAGUGACCAAAGACUGUGUUGCUGUAUACAGAUGGACGUUGUUUGUAGCGUUUAGUAUUCUACCAGAGAUAUACUGUGUUCUUUCAAUGAAAUAUACCAUGCGUCAAGGAGUUUCUAAUGAACGGGGUAAAAACACAUUUGAGCUUGAGUGAAAGGUUUAAAUUCAAAUAUUUCUGUGCAAACGAUAACAAUAAUGCACAUUUAGAGUACAUGACAAUGAUUUCACAUGACUGGCUGGCUAAAGUGUGUGUGUGUGUGUGUGUGUGUGUGUGUGUGUGUGUGUGUGUGUGUGUGUGUGUGUGUGUGUGUGUGUGUGUGUGUGUGUGUGUGUGUGUGUGUGUGUGUGUGUGUGUGUGUGUGUGUGUGUGUGUGUGUGUGUGUGUGUGUGUGUGUGUGUGUGUGUGUGUGUGUGUGGUCAUACCAGCAUUUCGUGAUAGUGUUGUGGAUGUCAGUUUUAGUUUCAGUUUCAGACAUCCUCUUUUAGAGAGAGUUCCAAUGUAGUGGGCUUGGUUUUAUUGUCCUAAAGCCCCUCCCUCUGAUUAACACGGUAUCUUUCUUUCCUCAAAUCAGCUCUGAGCUUUAACCCUGCCCUCCAUGAAGAUUGUAGGUCUGUUAAAUGUGCAGUACCAUGAGUAAAUUAACAUGAUGUCUAUAAUAGAAAUGGUGAAAAUGCAGAAGAGCUACAGUAGGUUUUAAGGUUUUACGGUCACCUCCAUUUUUGUUUAUCAGUCACUGCCACCGCUACAACUAAAUGGCCACACUGAACACUUCCCGGUGUAACAUUAAUGUGUGUGCUCCACCUCAGACGGCUGCUUUGUCCACAGUCUAUUUCUUCUGCACAUAGUUUAUCAAUCAAUUUCACAUUACGGGCCACAAGAGUUUUCAGGUGUGCUCCAUACGGACAUUAAUUACCAUCACAACAUUGCCCGGCAUCCUGUGGCAGCCAUCAUGAACACAACAGCCAAGUGAGAAGUUGAUAAUCACUUUAAUGUGGUGACCCUUGUGUUUUCAUUCACGUUUUGCAUCAUAUAACACAAUUCUGCGAAGCGAGCUGAGAGCGUUUUUUUGUUUUGUUUUUUUUUUGUUAGCCAGGCCAAACUUACAGACUUGACUUCUCUGAACCAGCCAGUUCCAACCAAUCAAACCAUUCCUGUGUAGCUGUGCUAAAACAGUUAGUGCCAAAUGUUUAUUGAUAACACAUAAUACACUAUAGUGAUGCUGUUAAUGAUUCUCUCUCACUUUGAAUCCACUUCAUGUCUUUAUUCCUUUAAAUGGUGGAUUUUGUACAGUUUAAGGAUAUGGUUGUGGGUUUGCAGACCUCUUACUAUGAUGAGUGAAUGUUGUCUUAUGUACAUGUCAUUUUAAUGUUUAUGUCUCCAAAAUAAUUCACUCAAAUGGCAACAAGGAGAGAUGCUAAAUAAUUCGUUAUGUGUCUUAAUUUGGUGACAAAACAUGUCCAAAAGAGAGUCAGAUGAAAGCAAUAUAUUGUUUGUUCUAGAAUAAAUGAUUAUGUGUAUGUCGAUCUGCAAUAUCUCAGUUGCACGUUUAAGCUCUUGUCAUGUAGUCCCUGAUUUAAGAACUGAAAGGCAGACUAGGAGCUGAACCUGGUUGGUGUAUGUACCCAGUUUCAUUGAAUCCUAAUUUUAAUUUUCUUCACGUCGACAGAAGUCACAAGCAGAGAACAUUUUAAUGUUUUUCUCCUGGUUUCAGCUGGUGGCUUUUGGUUAUUUCAAGUUUAACAGUAAGGAAAAUGUUUUCUCAGUGGAAACAAGCUAAUGUUCAUACUGUACAUUUAUCAAUCAAAUGCAAAAGGCAGCUCCUGGAUUGCAUUAGAUGUUCUACAAACAGGGACUUGUGGCUUCUAGCAUUUUCUAACACUAUGGCUUGGUUGAAGGUGAUAGGUAAAUAUUAAUUAGCAGAGUUCUCUGUUUUAAACGAUGUUACGAACUUCAUACCACUGAUUUGAUUUUUCAUGACAUCUACCUGUUUUUUUUUGUUUGUUUUUUUUAACAUGUUGAAUGUUGUAAAUGUAUGUAUGUCUAAGUAUGUAUGACACUGAGGCAUGGCUCAAUGUGUGAAUGUAUUCAGGUGUGACUGUGUGCAUGUCAUCUUGUUGCGUUGCUACGCCAGAAGAGAGACUGGGUGAUGGCAAUCAAUGUAUUUAAAAUGAAGAAAUAAACAGAUCUAUCCAAAUGUAA